AAUUAUCAGCUGCUGAAGUUGAAUUGUUCUUUUGUGUCUGGCAACAGUCAGUGCACCCCGAUACUGCAGCUAUGAGGGAACGGAGGAAGGUGAGUUAAAGUGUUUGUUAUUUUAUUAGGCAGUCUGGGGACAAUAGAAAUAAAAUUCUAUUUUACAGGACAGGAGAUUAAUCUCCCCCAUAAUGCUAAAUAGCAUCACUCUGACUACACGGAACUUCUAAAAGUAAUCAGUAAUCUCUGAUUGGUUACACAGACACUGCAUCAUCCCCAUCAACCAAUCACAGAGCUUGACUGAUUGGCUGAGCUUCUCUGUGAUUGGCUGAUGCCUGGUUACUUCCUGGAACAGAGGAUUCGGAGUGUCAGUCCUGCAGUCUACAAUACAGGAAUCUGCGAACUCCCUGGCAAUGGAUGGGUACUGUAGCAAUGUGCCAGCCUUCCUCACCAAGCUGUGGACCCUGGUAGAAGACCCUGAAACCAAUCAUCUUAUUUGUUGGAGCGUGAAUGGAACCAGUUUCCAUGUCUUCGACCAAGGCAGGUUUGCCAAGGAAGUCCUUCCCAAGUACUUCAAGCACAAUAACAUGGCCAGUUUUGUGAGGCAGCUAAAUAUGUAUGGAUUUAGAAAAGUAGUGAAUAUUGAACAGGGAGGACUAGUGAAGCCAGAGAGGGAUGACACAGAGUUUCAGCAUCUGUACUUCCUGCAGGGACAUGAACAUCUGCUGGAGCAUAUCAAGAGGAAGGUGUCUGUUGUGAAAAGUGAGGAGACAAAACUUCGUCACGAGGAUGUGAGCAGACUACUGUAUGAGGUGCAGAGCCUGCGGAGUCAGCAAGAGAACACAGAGUGCCAAAUGCAAGAUAUGAAACAGCAGAAUGAAGUCCUGUGGCGAGAGGUUGUUUCGUUGAGACAAAACCAUUCACAACAGCAAAAGAUCAUCAACAAGUUAAUCCAGUUUCUGUUCGGACAACUGCCUGCUGGCCCCUCCAGCACUGGGAUAAAGAGAAAGAUACCCCUUAUGUUGGAUGAUGGAAACUCUGCCCUACCGCUAUCCAAAUUUGGUAGGCACCUUCCUGUAGAAUCCCUGCAUGACCCCUAUUACAUUCAGUCGCCACCUACAGAUCCAGCAUCCUCUUUAAACAGCCCUGCUGUUAGUGCUGGGCCUAUUAUAUCUGAUGUGACAGAGACUCUACCCACCAACUCAGUGACUACACAACCUAGUGCUGAAGGAGAAAGGGGUAAGUGCCUUCUACUGAUUAAGGAAGAGCCCAUCAGUCCAGUAGUAAAGGGAUCAUCAGAAGCAGAUGUCUCUCUAAGUGGCUGCAGUGCAUGCUCUGACCCUCCAGUGUUGCCAGUUGCAAUGGUUCAAUCUAUACUGGAAGGAAAAGAAAGUUGUAGCCCACCCCAGCUCUCCGGAUCCCAGCAGUUGGAGGCACGAGGAAGGAGGAAUCCCUUAGAGAGGCAAGAGCUGCCAGACUCUCUGGACAGUACUGAUGUCAGUUUGGAAGGACUACAGUUGCUGCUCAGAAGUCAGCAUUAUAGUCUGGAUUCUGCUGCUGUUCUAGAUGUUUUCAGUGCUGGCCUCUGCGUAGGUGAAUGGAGUCUUCCUGCCAUGAAUACCAGUCUAUCACCGAUACAACAGCUCUCAGUGGAUCUGGAGAGGAAUGUAGCUGAAAUGCCUCCAAAAGGGUUAAAUCCACAGUUCAACUCCUCUUGCUCAGGAAAAGAACCAGAUCUUGAGAACGCAGUGCCUUUCCUGACAGAAGAAAUGGUGAACCUGGCGGGAUCCUCCUCACUAUUUGGUGCAGAGGACAGUGUGGCUUCUUACAUGUCUAGUGGCGUCCUUCAAGGAGAUUCUGCCCUUAGACUGCACCCUCCAGAAGAGAGGAACGAGUGACCUUCACAUUGUAAUAUAUAUGUAAUACAGAGAGUGCCACUUUACUGAAACACUGCAUAUAUAAUGAAUGAAAAUGGACCUACUGCACUACAUAUAGUAACUUCUCAUAGCAUUAGGAAGUAAGAAAUGAGCAAUAGUAUGUUUUUACAAUUCCGGCCUUGAGAGUAUCUCGAACUUGGGUCCCAGCCAGAACCCAUAGAAUUACUAAUAUGCAUUUAAGAUUAUUUUCAGUCCAUGUGGGGACAAUAUGGAAGUACUGGAUAGUGGUGUUUGAUAGAAGUCAAAUCGAAUGUAAUUUCUUCUGCCAAUUGCUUAAAAAAUUGUUUGAAUGUCAAUUCUUCCAGUUCUUUAAAUCUGAACUAUUUAACUUCUUUGUAUCAUAUUAAUAUAUAUUGCAGAAGGUUCAUUUUCAGCAGGGGAGAGGUGGGUUCUGGGUGUUUGUGGAAAGAACACUCAGGUUUGAAUGUAUGAAAAGUAACGGGAUUCUCAAACAAACAGUAAAACCAGACACAAAAAUGUAUAACCUCUUCAGAGCCAUCAAUACUUUGCACAAGAAUAGUACAUUUCUUCUGGCUUUUAAGGGGUAAUGCUACAUAUUUAUGGUCCGUUUUGCAUUAUUAGAAGUGAUCCCGUUAAACCCCAAUGCCCCCCCAGGAGGGUAAUGGGGUAUCGCUGAAUGUAACGAGUUACCUGCCGUGAGUCGCUAAGGAUUCUGGGAAGCACUGGUAAUUUUUUUGUAGUUUUUGAAGACUAAAGUCAAAUUAAAAUUUUUUUUUUUUAACAAAGUUGAGCUUUGUUCUUUUUAUAAAUAAAUAAAUAUAUAUAUAUACAUAUAGAUAUACAUGUGCAAAUAUAUAUAUCUCCAUACUAUAAUAUUUGUGUUUUUCACUUAAAACAUUAUAUUGAUACAUGGAAACCUUUUUUUCAUGUAUUUCUGGGUUUCCUUGUAACUUGACAGCUUUCUAUAUGUUAACCUCUUCAACACCAGGGCACUCAGUGGUUAAUUUGCUGCUUUACCAUCUACUCCCCUGCCAAAUUCCUUCCUGGUCAGGUUCUUUUUUGUUACUGCCAUGGCUUGUGUAUAUUUCCAAUAAUCGCUCCAAACUAAAUGCAACUUCUAGUUGUGUGUGCUUCACAGGAGUGGAGAAGUUUAGCAGCCUAUCAGAGUUUAGAUUUCAUUUUGUCACGUGUACCAGAAACAUAAAACAAGGACUCAGAUUGGUUGCUUUUAUCGAGAUAACUUGGAUACCAGAGGCCUAUAUUGCAGACAAAAAGUUGUGGGGUUACCCCUAGAAAGCGAUCAGAUUCUAGGUUUCAGUUUGUAAAUGCAGAUUAGCAAAUUGAAUAAGAGACCUGAUUGGCUCGUGUGUCCAUAAGGCCUAGUAUAUAUGUUUGCCAUGGGGUCCCCUGUGGGAAAUACAUUCUGCCCUUUAUCUCAGUAUAAUGCCAUCUUCCUAUAGUUUCGUUUUUUUUUUCUAUUGUAUGGAGCUUUGUCUGCGAACUGUAUGGUUUUGAAGGAAUUGAAAAGAAAAUUGCAAACACCUAAAACUCUGUGACCAUUGGUGUUUUUUUCUUUUCCAGCAAUAAUGGCAUAUUCUGUAAUGCUUAUAUUAUAGUGGUGGUAUCCGCCAGGAUUCAUUGGGUUCCAUCCCAGCAGUCAUGGCUCCAUUAAAGGGUGUACCCAACUGAUCAGUAAAAGAAGCCGCAAAUCUUCUAAAAUAAAAAACAACCCAGUACUCUACUAUUUAGUUCUUCUCUGAUCCACACAGAUGUUUUCUUGGCCAUUUGUUUACAGGCUGCCAGCAAUGAGCAAUGAUACAAGUUGUUGUUGGGGUGUACUGUUUUUCACUCCCUGUUAAUCUUCGAUAACCACAUGACUAAAGGCGGCUAAUGCACUAGUCCCACUGCUAAUCCCAUAUAGUCUAUACAAAUGUCCUUGAAAUCCAAAAGUCAAUGAAACUACCAGUCUUUGAAAAGACACAGUUGCGAACAUGGAUGUAUAAUCUACAUACCAAUUUUAUUGUUUAAGAAAGUAUGUUAAGAUUUGAGGUGUAGUGGUAUAUUAAAAAAAAAAAAUAAUAAUGUGUUUUGCUUGUCUGAUAUUUCUAAGCAAGCAUUGCAAUUUCCAGUGUGCAUUGAAGGGCUGAGUGCUUGAGGUCUUUAGGUAACCCAUAUUUCUUAUUUAUGGGACUGGUGCAUUAACAAAUGCCUUAAAUGGGUACUCCAGCCCUAAGACAUCUUAUCCCCAGCGAUGCAGCCUCCAAGUCUUCCGGGUCACGACUACGGGGCCGGAGUAUUGUGAUGUCAAGCCCCGCCCCCGCAAUGCAAGUCUCUGGGAGGGGGUGUGAUGACCCGGCAGACUCGGAGGCUGCAGUGCUGCGUGCAGCUCCCACAGGUGGGUGCUGUAUGCGAGAUUGCGGGGGUCCCCAUUGGCAGGAGCUAUUCCUUUGAAUAGGGGAUAAGAUGUCUUAGGGCCGGAGUUCCCCUAAAGAUUAUCCCCAUCAGGUCAAGAUUUCGUACCAUCUUGCUACAGUUUAGAAAUUUAAAUGUUAACAUUUCCACCAUACAUAUUUACAAAUAUGUUCACAUUGAGGCUCUGUUCCUGUAUGCUUGGUUGAGACAUUUCCAAAGGCUGGAAAAGGGCUACAUGGUGACAUUUUGUACUAUCAAGGGAUAACAAUGAUACAUCCUCAGUGCUUCCCCCCGACCCUAUAGAGAAACACCGAGGUUGUGAUAGUCUGGAGAAUGUAGCUAAAUUCCUUCAGUUAGCCCCGGCCUAAACUUGAUCGUUUAGACAAAACCUGAAAUUUACCCUUUUUACCCAAGUUAAGACUGGUUUCCAAUUACCAAACUUACGUACCGUAUAUACUCGAGUAUAAGCCGACCCGAGUAUAAGCCGAGACCCCUAAUUUCAACCCAAAAUCCCAGGAAAAGUUAUUGACUCGAGUAUAAGCCUAGGGUGGGAAAUACCUCAUCCCCCCCUGUCAUCAUCCAGACCCGUCAUUAACAUCCUCAUCAUCCCCUUGUCAUCAUCCCACACAUCCCCCCUUCAUCAUCCCCUUGUCAUCAUCCCACAC